AUGAAGUACCACACUGCUCAGAUCUUGGCUCUUACCAGCAUCGUCUCCGCUCUUCCUCACCCUCAACGCUAUGGCGGCGGCUCAGGUGUUCAGCCAUCUGCCCCAUUGACCACCGCUCCUGCUAGCAGCGGUCCUACCUACGACGACCUGCCAGGCUCUGGAGCUGGUGCCGGUGUUGGCGGCUCUGUCGGUGGUGGUGCUGGUGCUGGUGUCGGUGGCUCUGUUGGUGGUGGUGCUAAGGGAGGUGCUGGUGCUGGAGCCGGUGCUGGAGCCGGUGCCGGUGCUGGUGGCAGCACUGGUGGUUCCACCGGUGGUUCUUACACCAGCUACUAA